AGAGAGUUAAGCGGACGUCCCCGUGGAGCGCCUCGGAGAAGCACCACUUCGAUCAUGGCCAAGGAAAAAUCACGCCAACGAAGCGUCCUCAUAAUUAAGGAACAAUAGAAUCCUAGUUUUUGUGAAGUAGAGAAACGUGUAUUCUGGAAACUUUUAUCCAGCAGAUUGAUGAGUGGCGCUUCUUUUCUGAGACCGGAGUUUGUCGAUGAGUUCUUAAAAAGGCCCCUCAGUUCGUAUUCAGAAGAUACCGUGCGAUUAAAGGGUUUAUUAGCUACCUAGGUACCUAAUGGACAUCACUGAAGAUUUCAAUCCCUAUAAGGCGGAUGGCAAGCUGUAUGGCUUUGUCUGUGUGGUAACUGGCGCUUCCCAACCUGUUGGCCAAGCUAUCAUUCAAGAACUGGCAGCUCACGGAGCGGCGUGUAUAUAUGCGUGCGAUAGGACCGCCAGUUCAGGCCUAUAUCGAGAACUCGUUGACGGAGUUAGCAAAGAGUGUCCAAACUGCAAGGUCAUUCCGUAUCCUUUUCACGUUGCGAAGGAGGAAGAGACGCUCGUUCUUAUAGAUGAGGUUCUUAACGCUUUCGGCCGGCUGGAUGUCUGGGUCUGCUCCUCUGGUCUUUUAGGUCCGCCCUCGAUCGAAGCCACCACCCCUGACGAUUUGCAGAAGUGCUUUGAGGUGCAUUCAUUGGCACCGUUCUUCGCACUGAAAUAUGCUCCUGCUGCGAUGGCCAAACUAACUGAGAAAAAGACCUACCCAAAUGCAGCUCUUAAGAGCCAAAAGUACGGCAGUAUUAUCGUAAUUAGUAGUGUCGCAUCUGUUCAUGGUGGAUGCUGGGGGCCGUGCUAUACCAUGACAUCUCACGCCGCUCUUGGGGUAGUGAAAGCAGGCGUGGCAACCCUGAAGGGAACUGGAGUGCGAAUUAAUUGCAUAUCUCCAGGACAAAUCGAUAUCGGCGUGGACCUUCAAGGCUUUGACAUGCGAGGGAUGACCUCCCAAUUUCCGCCUUCGACCCUUCAGAAGCCAGAGACCCAACGAAUGACGAUCGGACUGGAGAGAGCCGGCAAGCCACAAGAGGUCGCACGAGUGGCGGGCUUCUUAGCGAGCAGUUUUUCGUCCUACAUAACGGGUGCAAAUCUCAUUGUAGAUGGAGGCGCAUCUGUAAUGAAUCCACUGACGAUUCCUAUUUGAAGGGCGCAGCAGAAGCAAGGAGUGGGUAUCAUCGGUACCUAGGUAUAUAUAGGUUACAGGUACUUAAUACACUCAAAUACAUACAAUCCCCUAUUGCUCAGUGACACAGUAAAAGUAAGACAUGAACGGCGCCAAAAGCAAUAAAUGAUGUAAGAGGGAGAAAUUGGCGUUUCGUCGGUAAGAACGAAACUCCGUUCUUAUCGUGAGAUGCGAAAUCCACUAGGCGUUGAUAGUCAGGUACUUAUUCUA